AUGAUUUUCCCCAAUGGCGUGUCGACAGAUCUAGGUCCGUCCGCAUCUUCCGCCAAUUCGGCGCUUUCUCCGCCGUCGCCGCCGCCAUCCACCCAGCCGUUCAAUCUCCGGGUUGAUUCACUCUUGACUGUCCCAUUGACCUCAUUUCCCACAUCGCCUGGAGCGUCGAACUUCUCGGCCGCUGGUUCCCCUGGCCGGUCGAUCUCCCGCAGUGUCACGCCGAAUCCCCCGAACUCUCUGCCCGUCCUACCCAAAUAUCGAGGCGCUUGGGAAUCAUCGACCUCAUCACCGGAGAAUCGAAGGGCGGAAAGCAGUGUAUACUACACGACCGCCUGGGGCUCGCCGUAUGCUGCACCCAGCCCUCGGACAAUUUCUUGGUCACUCAGUCAGUCCGCUGUCGCGGUGGAUCGAGGUUCUGGAAAUAGCUCUCCCACCUCGAUGAGCAGUGUUGCCCAGCACGGUCCUGAAACGAAUAAUCCCGACCUUUUGCGACCUUCUGCCCGAGACAACUCGACCCGACGCCCAUAUAGCCGUCUGCUGAGCAGGUCCCCGUUCGGUAGAAAAGGCGGAAAAUCGAUUAAGGAUUUCACCCAGGAUUGGAUCAACCAGUACCUCUCAGGCCAACCCAGAACUGAGCGUGGUAAUUGGCUAAGUGACGACUCCGGAAGCGAAGCUCCCUCGUUCUUCACAGCUCAGAACUUCGCGGAAGACACUUCUGACGAUUGGCUGGGUCUGGAACAAGACACCCGCGACGAAGACCUCCUUAGAACCCCAACACUCGCCGACUUCGGGAGCCGAAAGACAGCAUCUGGUCGCGGAGAAGGUAGCAAGAGGAACAAGGAGUAUCUACACAAAAGAACGGAUACGUUACGGCAGGAGGAUUUCUGGGGUUUCGCCUACGACAAGGACCCCCCGUUGAUCACCAUGGAUUCUACAGAAGCACACACCCCGGCCGGGCCGUCGCAACACCAAACGCCAUCCUUGUUGAUCGAGAAACCAUUACCUCCACCCCCGGUGGACGAGAUCAGAGACGCCCCAUCCAGUACGGAAUGUCAUCAAGGAUCUUUCGAUUCCCAGGCCGUGACAGGCUCGGGAUCGGAGCAAAGCCUCGUCCAACCUCCAGUGCAACGACAGAGGAAGAAGAUCCUUUGGCGCGGGAAAGCAUGCAAUAUUGCGCUACCGUACGACGACAGGAGAGGUACGGAGGAGUCAGGCUACCGGCUUUUGACCUUUGAGGAUGUCGAAGAGCGAUUGAGAAGCCUGAAUGAACAAGGAUACGACACCCGUGGGUUCAGUGUUUGCGCAUCGAAUGACUUGACGGAUUUAGAGCUGGGUGGUUUAAGUUGCCCAAUCUUUCCAGACCCUGGAGAGGUGCACGAAGAAUUUUUGUCUGGAAAGUAUGAGGUUGGGAUCCCUAAUAAGGCCGAUUGGGAUGCGUACGUCGCCAACCUUCAGGAGGAGAAAUUGCGGGCUUUGGGCGUUUCCCUGGGUGAUGACGAGCCCGGACCGUCUAUCUCGCCUGCAAUGAGCCAGAUGGCCUCGUUCCCUGGUCUGGUCUCGUCACCCCCCAUUCCAACAGCAUCAGCUGCUAGCAAUCCGCUGUCUAUGUCCCAUCACUUCUCUCCGCAACUGAACCAGCCAGGAAAUCCUGCAACUGGCCUCGGCUCGCUGGCUUCGCCCGCCUCGCAAUUCAGUUUACAGACCCCGUUCUUGGGCGUAGACCAGAACCUGUUACCGCCCUACACGAUGCCGUUUCAACCCACUCCGCCAGCUCAGGGCUCUCUCACGCCGCAAAGUUUCUUCAAUCCUCGACAGCCUGGUGUCGCCUCAACCAUGGCUGGCACGCUGCCUAACCUUAAUUCAAUCCUGUCGCCUGUGUCGCCUAUGAAUGAGCAAGGCGCUUUCCACCCCGGCUAUAGUAACCCCAGCUUUGGCGACCCCAGCUUUGGUGACCAAACAGGCAUGCCAAAGGAUACUUACGGCGAUCAUGAUGUACUCGAUCAUGUUACUGAAGGGCAUCUGUUGCGCCCUCUUCGCACGCCUACGGAGAAUCUUGAUAACUUCCAUGCCUCUACCGUUGAGAUUGCCCAACCAACGCCGCGCGGUCACAGUCGCGGCCAAAACUUGAGCGAGACACUCCAGAAGGGACUGGACAACUUUGGCCCCACCUAUCACUUAGAAGAGUCUUUCGAUCGACAACAACUUGAUGACGGUGGUCGUGGACAACACCUGGGUCAUUUCGAUGGCACUGAAAUCUUAAAGUCUCGAUGGGCUUUUGGAGACAAUAUCGGAGUCCAGCAGCUACCUCAUCACAUGCAUCAAUUCUACGAUGGUAACUAUUCUGGAGAGGUUGCUCACGAGGGCUCAGACAUUGAUACCAACCCGAGCCUUUCUGGCACGCCUCGGCACGCACCGCAUAACAACAAUGUGCCUUGGCACCAGUCCAGACCUAGUGCCGGUUCUUACGUAGGUGGGCACCGUUCAAAGCUUUCCACAUCAUCUCUCAACGUUGCUGCUCAAGAAUUCAAACCAAUUGCAGCGGCGUCGUCCCAGCCUCUGCCAUUCCAAGAAAACUCCUUCCAAUUCCAAGCCGGUGGGGAUCCUGUGUUCACGUUUGGCUCGCAAUCUGAACUCAAGCCAAGUAAUACUGGUUUCGAUCUAAAUGCUCCCUCCUUUACUCCCGGUGUCCCCAAUAAUAACACAAAACGAACUACCGGGUCAGGUGAAUUCAAGUUUUCCACAGCUUCCCUCAACGUUGCAGCUCCUGCAUUCAACCCUGGUGGUAGCACCUACUCUGCGGCACCGGAGAAAACAACGAAUGCCCAACCCAAGAUAUUCAGCGACGUUGACAUUUCUCAGGCGUCGUCGAAAGCUUCGAAGAAGUCCAAAGCCAUCCCUAUCGUACGGCCUGAUGACAUCAAGGAGGACAAGAGAAGCAAAGAUGAGAGCGAACAUGAUAAUGGCAGACCAGGGCGUCCAGACCGUCACAAGCGUGCUCGCCGUGGCGAUGAGCUUUCAGAGACUGAAGCUCAGCUUAGUGUGCCUGCUGCGUUAGCAGAGGCGACCAAUCUUCAAUCUUCUCAUAUGCGCCACCCGUCCCAUGUAUCCGCGGAAGGCAAGGAGAAUAUCGUACCCCAGGCAGAAGGAGCCCCUGCAACGAUCCCGAAACCCAUCUCAGCCCAAGACGACAAGUCUGCUGAACGGAAAGACACUCCGAUUAGCGAAGCUUCUACUUGGAUUCCCCAGGAGAUGAAGAACGAGAGUGCUGCAGCGCCCGAGUCCGAAGCUGAGAUCAAGCACACGGAGCCAGAGCCGCUACAUGAAAUCCAGGAGACGAUUGAGCCAAAUACCACCAAGGACCAAGAGCGAACUGUUCCAGAAUCUGCCGAUAAUGACUUGUCAUCCGCUGAGCUUAGAGCUUCCGUUCCCCAGCAUGUGCUGACCGCUACUGAAACCACGGAGAAUCCUGCAAACUCCCGGACCACGCCAAAGCGUGAGCGGUUGUCCGAGCCAGCUCAUGUGGAGGAUGACGAAGACUCUCCAGACGAGGAAGAGCUUAAUGCUGUCAUGGAACAGCUGAAUGAUGAUUCAGACGUUGGCAUUGAGCGGAUAAGCACACCUCAGCCCAAUGGCCGUCUACCUGAAUCUGUCAUGCAUGUGACCAAAGAGAAACGCCACGUCCCAGCUGAUAUCAGAAGCGAGGCCCCGAGCCCAAGCCCAGGACGUGGCCCCGCUCCUCACACCUUGGAUGUUCCUAAGCUCGACUUUGAGGCUCAAUCCCAAUUCUCUGCCUCUCCAUCGAAGGGUGUAGUUUCUGGCUUCCACUCGCCAGUGCGUAAACUUUUGAGCCGGACCGAACACAUUAGCGACUGGGAUGAUGUUAUUUCUUCGGGAGAAGAUGAGAAGUUGGCCAACCGAAGCAGGUUCUUUGAUCGUCGGAUCAAUGAUCUCGUUGGUUCGACUAUUGACGAACGUCUGACGCCUCUGGAGCGAGCACUAGGGAUGAUUCAGAAUUCUUUAAUGGCCAUCACAUCUGGUUCUCAUACCAGACUUUGGAGCGCAUCUGCCGACGGUGACAAUAGCGAUGCUGACGACGAGGAAGAUGAAUACGAGGAAAAUGAAUCCUUCAGUACAAGAUCCCAUAUGCGUCAGAGAGAAAAGCUUGACAAGUUGAAGGCUGUCGUUUUAGACGCACUUGCAUCCCAUGUACCUCAACAAGUUAAGGAUGAAGUCACUGCCUCGGAACUUACGCAACUGCGGGAAAGCGUCUCCGCGUUACAAGCCUUGACCAUCCAGAAAUUGUCGCAGGACCCAGUCUCCGAGCUUAGAGAAAUGAUGCAAGAGCUGGUCUCAUCUCAGCGCGAUGUGCCUCCCUCUGAUACGGAUGAGGUUCCUGCAGAAAGUCUCAUGCUCCAGGUUGAAGGCCUGAAGAAUAUGCUUCGACUCGCUGAUGAGCGAGCGAACCAAGAAUACAAGAUCCGGAGGGAAGCCCAGGACUCUGUUGCAGAGCUCCAGCGGCUCCUUAGGGUUGUUGAAGAAGAUGCUGUUCGUCAUAGUCAUGCUGCAGAAGAUGCCGAGGCUCGGCUGCUGUAUUUCAAAGCAGAGAAGAUCCCUUACUAUGAAACUAUUCAGCACAAGGCUGAAUCGCUUGAAAGUGAGCGUGAAACAUUGAAUUUCACUCUUAACGAACUCUCGUCGAAGAACAUCUCACUUCAGGGCACCCUUGACGAAUACCGCGUCAUGGCUGACAAUUACAAGCGGGACAGCGAGCAGUCUAAGGGUGCUCUCGAGGAGGCCAGAGCGGAGAACAAGAGUCUGCGUGGCAUUGUUGAGCAGCUCAAGACGCGCCUCGAGGACGGUUUGAGCAUUCGGCAAAACCUGGGCAAUAAGCUGGACCAACUCCAAGAGGAGAUGGCGACGGUGAUUCGAGACGUGACCAAAGAUCAAUCUUCGUGGCGCCGACGUGAGGAGGCACUCAAUGCCCAGUGCAAUGAGUUGCGUUCUGCUUAUGGGCGAGAAUCGAAGCUACGCGAGAAGUUGGAGUAUGACAUUGAGGGCCUUGAAGAAAAGGAGCGUGAAGCGGCGAAGCUGAAAUUCAUCUUUGGUCAAUCCCAACAGGAGAAUGCAAGGCUUGAAGAGCUCGUGGCAAACUUGCGCCUUCAGAACCACGAUCUGGAGCUCAAGGCUGCUCGGUUCGAGCGCGAGUUCAAUGAGGCACGCGAGAGCAGUCGUGUCGAAAUCCAGCGCACCAGGAAUUCAUUGGAGUCAGAUCUGGAGGCCGCUAACAGCCAGGUGAACAUCGUUCGGGCUGAGCUGGAAGCGCAGAUUCUCCGCCUACAGAGUCAAAUGGACAAUGUGCGACUCGAUAACGACACGGCUCGCGAACGCUACGAGAUGUUGUUGGAAGAAGCAGCCGAGACUAAGGUCAAUGCCCUGGCAACGGCCGCUCAAGCCCAGGAGCUGGCCGUCGAGGAACAGCGCCGGAACCACGAACGCGUUCUGAACGACCUCCGGGAACGCCACGCCCGCGCUCUACACAACGCUUCGGAGGACAGACAGCGGGGCGAAAGCCAUCUGCUAGAACGCUUGGCGCUGUCCGAGGACAAGGCGAACCAUCUUCAAGACCGUGUGCAGCAUCUAGAAGAGAGACUUCAACUCGCUCAGGAGGCUGCUCGUGCUGCUGCCGAGGCGGCCCAGUCUGCUAAGUCGAGCCCUGUCAUCGCUCUGCCAGCACACACCAGCACGCCUUCGAUGUCGUACCUCGAUGGAUCUAUGGUUCCCGAGAAGAUCUCUCCUCAGGCAUUGAGAGAAUCAAUCUUGGUGCUCCAAGAUCAAUUGCAGCAGCGUGAAACUCGCAUCGAAGAGCUCGAGCAAGAGAUCUCCACUGUCGACAAGGACGCACCGAACAAAGUCAAGGAGAGGGAUACUGAAAUCGCCUGGCUGCGUGAGCUGCUUGGUGUCCGGAUAGACGAUCUUCAGGACGUCAUCAACAUCGUGUCGCAGCCAUCCUUCAAUCAGAAUGCUGUCCGCGACGCUGCAAUCCGCCUGAAAGCUAAUCUGCAAAUGCAGCAACAGGAGAGAGAAAGGAUGCAUUCUGGACAGGCUUUCCCGAGUAUUCCUUCGCUUGCGGAACUGACUGCAUCCCCGCGCUCUCUUCCACUUGCAGCAGCAGCAGCGUGGGGCAACUGGCGCAAGGGGAGAGAAAACGUCAGCUCUGAACAGACCCCCUCCAAACAAGGAGGUGCAAGUGGGUUCCUCUCAGGACUUUUGACACCUCCGGCCAGCAAUCUUCGUCAGGGUCCUCCCAGUUCUAGUAGCUCAGCGGCAGCGAACGGACGGCGCCCAUCAGAGGCUCGACCCUUGAGAAACUACAACACGACGCCCAAGCAGUCGAAUACGCGUACCAGCCGAAUGCGUGAGCUUCCCAGUACUCCGCCUCUUCUUCGUCGAUCGAGCUACGAUCAUGACGCCGAGCCGACCGAUUAUGCUCACAGCUCUUUCCACGAAGAUGCAGAGAGCACGGCCGACGGCUUAGUAUCUGCGUCGCCGCGCGAGACGACCGACGGGCCUUUCGGACCACAGAUUACGUCUCCAACAUCGUCUUAGACUGUCCAUAUCCUCCCUCGCGGGUCCUCCCUAUUUCAUGUUAAUAGAUAAUUCCGAAACCUCUUCUUGCUUUAGACAAGCGGACGUUGCGUACUGACUUGUUAUAUCAUGAUGCAUCCUUCACUCUCCUUUUGGCCAUUCAUAUCCAUCCAUGUGUUUUUAUCCUGUGCGUGCGCUUUGCAUUUGUGCUCGUCCGUCUGGCUCUUUUACCCUUCGAGGCGGGAAUACCUUUCAUGACCUUCCUUUUCAUCAUUCGUUUAUUAUACCAUAUCCAAGUGUUUUCUAUCAUUUUAUUUUAUCUUCCAUGCGUCCGAACUCAACUGGAUACCACAAACCACCCAUUCUUGAUAUCUUUGCUGCAAUUAUGUAUGUACUGUACACCAGGU